AGGAAAGUGUCCAAGAUUUUGCUGAGGCCAAACUCCCCUCCCAUUUCCCGGGGGCAAAACCAAACUGUUUCAGGCCCAUAAUAUACCGACCCGUAUUUCUUCCUUCUUCAGCAACCCAGGGAAUCUGUAACCUUGCUACCUCCGACAUUGAUCCCUUCCAUUUCCCCCUUAGAGGCAUCCCUUGGAUGCAUUUCCUUUCGUUAAUUUCUUACGAAUACUACUUGAUCAUUGUGUGGUUGCACUCGCAAUUUCGUUUUGAUUUUGGUUUCAAUUUUGGAUUUUGACGGGUGGGGUUUCAGUUUCUUGGGAUACUUUGGGCGAUUACGUUGAUGUGCAUUGUUGAUUCUUGAAUUUCAAGGGGGGGUUUGUUUGGGAGUUUAACUGUCUGGGCUAUCUGAAAUGUGGAUUUUGAGUUUGUAGUUUGAUACUUUGUAGUGUGUGAAAGUAAUGGAUUGGAAAGGCUUUCAGCAUUUGCUGUAAUUUUUUUUUAAUUUUUUUUUUUUUGUGUAUACUAUAUUUUGUGGGUUAUUAAGAUGAAGAGGUUGAAAAAUGAGGCUCAGAAUGUGAGGAGGGUGAAGUUAUCAUAUGUUUUCUUGUGUUUAGGUGCAUUAUACUUGAUUCUGAUUUGCCUCAAGUUUCCUGAGUUUUAUGAGAGUGCCACAGCCUUGGGUGGUGAUGACAGUGUUCAUGGAUUGGAUGCAUUCUUAGAUACGGGUGAAGAGGGUGGAGAACUUAGUAAACCGCAUUUAGGUUCAGCAUAUACAGAUGGAUUGCACAGGAUACUGCAUAAUAAUGUUAAUUACAAUGCACCACAGACCCCAUUGGAGGAAGCUUUACCACAGAACACUGAUUUGCUACCUAAAAAGCCUCGUAGGCUUGGAUAUGAUCAAAUAGCUACUGGUAUUAUAAGGCCACAGAAUAUGACUAGCAACUCCUCUGUAUUGGAAAGAAUGGCAGAUGAAGCUUGGGCGUUAGGCUUGAAGGCAUGGGAUGAAGCAGAUAAAUACGAUGAAAAGGAGGUGGGGGUGAAUUCAAUAUUUGAAGGGAAGCCUGAGUCGUGCCCUUCAUCUGUUACCACGACAGGAGAAGAGUUGGCUAAAGGAGAUCGCAUUAUGCUCCUUCCUUGUGGGCUUGCUGCUGGUUCUUCUAUCACAGUGAUUGGUACUCCACGUUAUGCGCAUCGUGAAUAUGUGCCCCAGCUUGCCAAGUCAAGGAAAGGCGAUGGGAUGGUUUUGAUUUCCCAUUUUUCAUUUGAGCUACAAGGAUUGAAAGCAGUGGUUGGGGAGGAUCCACCAAAGAUUUUGCAUCUAAAUCCUCGAAUAAGAGGAGAUUGGAGUGGCAGGCCAGUAAUUGAGCAUAAUACUUGUUAUAGAAUGCAAUGGGGGACAGCACAAAGAUGUGAUGGUAUGCCUUCCAAAAAUGAUGAGGACAUGCUUGUUGAUGGAUUUUUUAGAUGUGAAAAGUGGAUGCGAAAUGAUAAAGUUAAUGCGAAAGAGCCCAAAAUAUUUGCAUGGUUUGAGCGAUUCGUAGGACGUGCAAAGAAACCAGAGGUGACCUGGCCUUUUCCGUUUAUGGAGGGAAGAAUGUUUAUUUUGACUGUCCGUGCUGGUAUUGAUGGGUUCCAUAUAAAUGUUGGUGGACGACAUUUGACUUCAUUUCCAUACCGUGUGGGCUUCACACUGGAAGAUGCAACAGGAUUGGCCAUUGCAGGUGAUGUUGAUGUUCACUCAGUUUAUGCUACAGCUCUGCCAACGUCUCAUCCAAGCUUUUCACCUCAAAGGGUAUUGGACUUCUCUGAGAAGUGGAAGGCCCUUCCUUUGCCCCAGAAUCCUAUUAAACUUUUCAUUGGAAUUCUAUCUGCCACCAAUCACUUUGCGGAACGCAUGGCUAUAAGAAAAACUUGGAUGCAGUCUCAAGCAAUCAGGUCUUUACAUGUAGUAGCCCGUUUCUUUGUUGCAUUGAACCAACGAAAGGAGUUGAAUGCAAUUUUGAGAAAGGAGGCUGAGUACUUUGGAGACAUGGUGAUUGUGCCAUUUAUAGAUAGAUACGAGUUAGUAGUUUUAAAGACUAUUGCCAUAUGCGACUAUGGGGUUCAAAAUGUGACUGCUGCUUAUAUUAUGAAAUGUGAUGAUGACAAUUUCAUCAGAUUAGAUGCUGUUCUUAAAGAAAUUGAUCGUGUUCAAUCUGCAAGGUCUCUUUACAUUGGCAAUCUUAACCUCUUGCAUCGGCCUCUGAGACAUGGAAAAUGGGCAGUAACCUUUGAGGAGUGGCCCGAAGAUAUAUAUCCUCCUUAUGCUAAUGGACCUGGAUAUAUUAUAUCCAGUGACAUCGCCAAAUAUGUCGUCUCUGAGCAUCUAAGUAACAACUUACGGCUAUUCAAAAUGGAGGAUGUGAGCAUGGGAAUGUGGGUUGAGAAUUACAACGGCACGAAACCCGUUCAGUACCUGCACAACUGGAAGUUCUGUCAGUACGGUUGCAUGGAGAACUAUAUCACGGCGCACUACCAAUCCCCUCAGCAAAUGUUUUGUCUGUGGGAGAAUUUGCUCAAGGGACAAGCUCAUUGCUGCAACUCCUAGAACACACAGAUGAGUUAAGUCUUGAUCGGUUUUGUAUUGGUGGCCCUUAGCUUGGGACUUUGAUCAAUUUGUGAUAAUCUUUUGGGGUUGGACCAAACUCCUUUCUGGGCAUUUGCUGUAUGUGAGUUUCUAUGAUCUAUCACCAUUGGUGUAUCAGGAAAAGUGUCCAAGAUUUGUGAUUUGUGUGUGCAUAUAUGCAGGCAGGGAUUUGCAGAUGGGUGGUGAAGUUGAAUUGGAUAGUGGGUUUAGUGUGAUGAAAUGUGUCCAUAAUUGUGUCACCAAUAUAAUCAAAGCCAGGGGUUAAGUUGUACCACUUUUGCCUGGCCAUGCCCAAGUAAGUGUACAGUACCGUUACAGUUUGUAAAACAAUGUUAGAGAUCUUGGUUUUAAGUUAGGC